AUGGAAACUUUUAUCGAUAAAGAAGGCUUAAAUAAUAACUGUCUUAUUGGAACUUAUAUUGCGAUUUUCUUUCAUUUGAUAAUCUGGGCAACUUGUCUAUUUGUUUCCGAAUUUGCACGCAGAAGAAGACCGCUGUCAUUACCUGGAUUGAUUAAUGAAGUUUCUCCUCCCCAGCAAGAUGGAAUCCCUGAAACCAUUGAAGUGCCAAUCAUCGCCAAUAGAGUGGAUAACCUUUACACAAAAGUUACAAAUGCUGCUAAAGAUUCGUUGUUGAUGAUUGUGAUUGCUACGCUCGCGACUCAAACAGGAUAUGGUGCGACUACAACUUCCGCAAUUCUCGCUUGGAUUUUCUUCAUCGUGUCAGUUUGUUGGAUUCUUUCCAUCAUAUUCUUUGAUCAAACCUGGAUUCCAUUAAUCUUAUUAGCAAUUGCCCUUUCAUUCAUUUCAGCGAUUUUCGCGUUGUCUUUCCAACCGGCUGGUCAGCCUGAAUUGGAUUUAUUAUUUUAA